GGCGACCACCGGCAACAUCUUCGCUUCUGUCUGGAGGAUAGCGGGCUCUGCAUUCGGGUAAACUGCCUCUCGCUCAAAGUCAUACCAAGCUAAAUUAGACGACCAUUGAUAGGUGCUGUGAAGAGAGGCGGCUAUCUCACAUGUGUCUGUGUAAUUUUGACUAUGCUGCUCUUGGUAGCGCUGGGCAUCAUUUUUUCUUUCACUGUGGUCACCACUGAGAAGGCUGAGAACACCAACCACAAACCACCAGCACCGCUACUCAACUACAGCAGGAUCUCCCUGCCGCCAGAGCACGUACCCUUCUUCCUCUACAACAACAAGAGGGUCUCCAAGCAAUGCCGCAUGGACCCACUCUGCCCUUUUAAAGAUGGGCUGCAGGAUCUGUCUGGCUGUUGGGGUUAUGAGAAGAACUGCGUUCCAGGGAAGCGCUUUAGCUAUCCAGUCUGUACCAAAGCUGACUCUGGAUGGGCCCGUUCACUGGAGGCAGCCCAGGAGCUUUUCUGGAAGCAGGCUGAUUUUGGAUACGUCAAGGAACGCCUCUCUGAGCUCAAAACACUCUGCAAGGCUAGCAAGCCAGGGGACUCAUCAUUAAGAUGUAGUAGCCACACUCGCUUCUGUAAGGCAACUAACCUUUACCUGGACUUGCGUAAGCCGCGCAGAAGUCACGAGAGAUACAAGGAGGACUUCAUUCAGACGAGUGAGAUUGGCGGUCGUUGCAGACUGAACAAGCGAGCUCUUGCUGCCGAGGGAGAGCACAAGAGCCCCUUACAAUCUUGGUAUGCUGAGCUGCAGACAUACACAGAGCUGGACUUUCAUCCCAUAGAGGACGGACACUGUGACAUCAUCAUUGAAAAACCCACUGUUUUCAUGAAACUGGAUGCUGGGGUGAACAUGUACCACCAUUUCUGUGACUUUGUCAACCUCUACAUCUCCCAGCAUAUUAACAACUCCUUUAGUUCAGAUAUCAACAUCAUCAUGUGGGACACGAGUUUUUAUGGUUAUGGAGAUCUGUUCAGUGAAACAUGGAGGGCCUUCUCAGAUUAUGACAUCAUCCACCUGAAGACCUAUGACGCGAAAAGAGUGUGUUUCAAAGAUGCCUUCUUCUCCCUCCUCCCGAGAAUGAGAUAUGGCCUUUUUUACAACACGCCUCUCAUCUCAGACUGCUACAGUGAAGGGAUGUUUAGGGCGUUCUCCCAGCAUGUCCUCCAUCGACUGAACAUCCCGCAAAAUGGGCCAAAGGAGGGGCGUGUUCGUGUCACCCUGCUGGCACGUAGCACAGAAUACAGAAGGAUAUUAAACCAAGUGGAGCUGGUAAAUGCCCUCAAGACUGUGCCUUUACUGGAGGUCAAUGUGGUGGACUACAAAUACAAGGAUGUUCCCUUCCUGGUGCAGUUGAGGAUCACCCACAACUCUGACAUCUUUAUAGGGAUGCACGGGGCGGGUCUCACACACCUCCUCUUCCUCCCUGACUGGGCUGUCAUCUUUGAGCUAUAUAAUUGUCAGGAUGAGAGCUGCUAUCGAGAUUUGGCUCGGCUGCGGGGCAUUCGAUACGUGACUUGGCAGAAAAUGGACAAAGUGCUCCCACAGGACGAGGGUCACCAUCCCACCCUCGGGGACCAUCCGAAGUUUACCAAUUACUCCUUUGAUGUGGGGGAGUUCAUGCACCUUGUGCUGGAAGCAGCUGAUUACGUCACACACCAUCCCAAAUGGCAGCGUCGUACCCUUCAUGAGGAACUCUAGAGUCUCAGACGUCACAGACACCUGGCUGCUGAAGAACUUGUAACAUGUGCCUGCUGUUUGUUGUGAUCUAAAGACCUUUUCACAUUGGCAGUCAUUUUUAAAUCAUGGUGAUGCAUCCACCAGUGGAUAUCAGUGGUCUGGUAGAGUGUUUGUCACCCCCUGUCCACUGCUUCGAUAGGUCUGGAUGAGUGAAAGCAGUAUGGCGGACAACUCUGGGUUGAAUAGCUUUCACCAGCUCUAUUAGUGUCAAAUCAGUUAAAAGAUGAGGCGUGUGCAGCUGAAGCAUCUGGAGAGCGAUAAGAUGUGUCCUAUGUUUUUUCAUUAUCUCUGUUGCAUCUACUUCAUUCCACGCCGACAAAGUUAGCUAAUGAGCAGCUGUUAUGGCGUCCCUUCACAUGCGACAUCUUGUCACAUUUGAUCAGAGUCACCUUGAUGCGAGCCUCUUCAGAGCUGUUGACAGUCACACCAGAGUUUCUGAGCACAGCCAGCAUACACCAUUCUAAUGUGAUGUGCAGUAUUCACCUGCUGGAUUCACGCAUAUAGUUGCAGACUUUUUUUUGCAGUUAGUUUGACAUAUGAAUUCACGUGGUUUUAAGGUAUGCUCAUCACAAACACUAAUAACUAUAAUUACUAAAAUAAAAGACAGAAGGUAAGUGAGACACUCCUACUGCCAAGAGGGAUUUUCUUUUAUACCAGUAUUAGCGUUCGUAUGUGUGCUAGUACAGCAAUACUUUAAUAGUAAGUACUGUGAAACAUACAUUCAAGUAUUUGUCAGUAAAAUUCAAUACUCCAAUGUUUCAUGCAACAUAAUGAAACUAAUGUUUUCGUCAGCUAAAUAUCAAAAUAUCUGGCAGGCAUUGAAAUCUACCUUUUAUUUUUGCAUUUUUAUUUAUAGUUUACAUGGUUUUCUUUUAAAUUUGUAACAUUUAUUACUUAAAAAAUGUACGUCUUGUUGGUUUGAUGGAAUAUGCCAUUGAUACUGAUGUCUAUGUUCAUGAUUCACUGAGGGUGCUGCUGUUGUCCGUUACCUUUGCGUGCAGUCUGAUGCAAUGCACAAGAGUAUUUUGAGCGAUCAGAAGAUAAUUUUCGUGUUCCUUGGCCUCUCUGUGAGCUUGAUGUUUUAUUUAUCGAUGAAACCAUGUUGAACUCAGUCAGACCUUACUGGUCAGGGCUUUGCUUGACAUGUCGGCAAUUUCAUAUUCAGAAGCUGUUUAAUAUUUUGAAAUAAAUAAUUCUAAAAAAUGCUGAA